UUGGAAAUUGAGGGUUUAGUUGUUUAAGAAGAACAACAAUUGAUCAAUUAGGGGUUUAUAUGAUCAAAGAAAAAAAUCUUUGUGGGCAAAGAAAUCUGAAACUCCUUCAAUGGCGGAAGAAGAGAAGCAAACUUCACCAGAACCUCCUCUUCCUCCUCUGCCGGAAUCUCCAUCCCAACCCGAAGAUCCGCCGCCGGAAACAUCUACUCGUCCGGCUAAUUUCGAUCCUAGUCGAAUGAUUGGGAUCAUCAAAAGGAAGGCCUUGAUCAAGGAUUUAGCUGCAGCUUACCACACCGAGUGUCUUGCUUAUUGCCGAGAACUUCUGGAGCUCCAAAAGAGAAAGGACGAGCCGUUUCUUGACACAAAAGCUCCAGAAGAUCUGAAAAAGGAGACAUUGAGGUCUUCUUCCAAACGAGCUAAGAAAAAACGUUAGAAGAAAAAAAAACUUGUAUGAUGCUUAUUUUUCUACGAGGGUAUUGAUGUUUAUAGAUCGUCAUGUUGAAAAUGGGAAACUUUAUUUGAUUAUC